UAUAUACGGGUGUCUACUUAUAGUUUGCACCAAAAGAGGAAGAAAAUAUACAAUAGAUUAGGUAGUGAUGUGCGCCGCAGCAAAACGACACGUACCAAAGUAAGCGCGUGGGCUCUCCUCUCUGACUUAUGCAAACCACCGCACGAAAUUUAUUGGAAAAAGCCAUUAUAAGCAUUUAAGAAAAAGUUUAUCAAAAGCAAAAGAAAAAAAAAACCUCGGUUGACUCUUCAUCGCUUGUCUGUAUAAAUACGAAGACACUCCUCAUAAACUUCACAAACACAACAACCUCUUCUCGUACUUCGCUUUAAAAAAGCGUACAGUUCCUUUUGUUUUUGUCCAAAUGGCGGAGACAGAUAAAACGGCGGCCGUUAAAACUAACGACGGCCAAAAGAAAGAACACCGUUACAGAGGAGUGAGAAGGAGGCCAUGGGGUCGUUACGCCGCGGAGAUCAGAGAUCCGGUGAAGAAGGCUAGAGUCUGGCUCGGCACUUUCGACACUUUCAACGAAGCGGCUCGUGCCUACGACAAAGCCGCUAUUAGGUUUCGCGGCGCAAAAGCCAAAACCAAUUUCCCUUAUCCUAACAUGGUCCACGAUGAGAGUCCGAGCCAAACCGUCGUCCCAUCAUCGUCGACCAUUAGCGAUCUCAAUCUUGAAACCAGGUUCCCAUUCCCCAAGAUUCAGGUCAAGUCCGGGAUGCUCCUCAUCGACUUGUCGUCAAAGAGCGGAUCGGAAGCGUCCUCUGCGGUGAUGGAUCGUAGUCCGGAGAGACCAUCACGCUUGCCCUUGGAUUUCGAUCUCAAUUUCCCUCCAAAGCCUGAGACCUAAUUCUUAUUAAUGGGAUAUGAUUAUGAUUUUGUGAACAUGGGAUUUUAUAACUUUUAGAUGAAUUAAAUGUUCUGAAAUCUAAAUCUAAAUAUUGAAGCUUGUCGUAUAUCUUAUUCAUGAGUUAGUGCCAAAAAUCUCCUUUUUUGUCAGCAGAUAGUUAAUAAAGUAUUUGUGUUCUCAUCCGCUGUUGUUUAUCGCUAAUUGCAAAUCUUUUGUAUUUUCUGAUAAACAUAAAUAAAGCUUUGUU